CAAACCUAAAAAAAAAAAAAAUAUUAAUUUUUCAUCUCAGCCUUCUAUUCCCUCGUCGCAACUAACCAUUCAGCACCGGAGGAAUAUGAUGAGUUGCUCGUGUCGCACGACAUCUUUGAAGAUUUUCGUACAGAGUCUCACGGAACUUCGACUAUCUAAUUCUGCUAGGCAAAUCCAACCGCGAUAUUCGAGAGCCAGUAACUUUCAGUCGCAGUUGGCUUUUGCUAGACCAUAUAGUGUCACCGCAGCCUUACGCUUCCCGCGACAAAUAUUGCAUCGACGGGCCUCGCAUUCACUAGACGCCGAUCAAACCUCGGAAAUCACACCGAAAAAACAUUCGGACAAUGUUACGGUAGAGGAGCCCGAUGUACCAGUGCUUAAUGUCUCUGCAGACAUUUUAGACCGGGCGAAAAGUGAAGGUGCAAUCCUUGACUUCACCCCCGAAUCUAUCGACGCCCUCGUUUCCAACUUAGACAACCCACAAACCGGUGCUCGUGGCCGGCGAGACAAACAUGCCGAGUCUGACGCCCGUCGCGAGUCGAAAUCGGACUCUGCACCACCCGUCGAGACCAAGAGGUUGAAGAGACUGAAGAUCAUGAAAGACGAGCCUAAGACAGCGUCUAAUACGCUACCACCCAUUAAGAAGGAACCAUGGCAGAUACAAAAAGAAAUCCUCAAGGAGAAGUUCCCAGAGGGUUGGAAGCCGCGCAAGCGGCUGUCGCCAGAUGCCCUCGAAGGCAUCCGGGCGCUGCACGCGCAAUUCCCGGAGGACUACACGACGGAGGUGCUGGCGAACAAGUUUAUGGUGUCGCCGGAAGCUAUCCGGCGUAUUCUCAGGACUAAGUGGACACCUACCCCCGAGGAGGAGAUGGACCGCCAGCAGCGCUGGUUCAACCGCGGCAAGAACAUCUGGAGCCAGAUGGCCGCGCUUGGAAAGAAGCCGCCUCGCAAGUGGCGUCGCGAGGGUAUUGUUAGAGAUCCUUCCUGGAAUAGGCCGAGGGGACCGCGGACGCAACCUCCAAGGCAGUCGAGGAAGUAUAGAGAGUUUGAGUAAUUACUUUGCUCGAGGGAUAGGAAUGCCCGUAUAUUACGCCACUCGAAUAAUGGAAAUCUAGCUCGCAUUCGAAUUAUACCAUAGUGAGGACUAUAUGACCUACGGUCGCAUCGUGAAUGCUUGGACCUCGGUGGGGGUGGGAAGUACCAUAUCAAAAUAAACCAUAAAACAUUCACAUUAGAAUAUGGAUACCUCAAUAUGUUUUCGUAUUGUUUGUUGUACAAACAUUAAGAUCUUCGCACUGAGAUUUGGCAGUCUAUUGGAUGCCCACUAUUCCCAAAAAUUUAUUCGGAUACUCCAUUUUGACAAUGGGGCUGGCGGAUUGUAAAUCUCUAUGCAUUAUGCAAAGAAUAGACAAUGCCUAUGUAAGUGAUUGUCAUGCACAAAGAGCAGAUCAUCAAUGCGUCCCCCAUUUCUUAUAGUUGCCAGUCAGCUGUGAAUACCUUUCUAAAAUAUCUGAGGACAGUCGAAAGCCUGCAUGAUAAUAACAUGGG